UGGUUAAAGUUCAAGAACAUGGCGACCUGACGCUCACUGUAAAAUAGUCAUGCUUUUAUCUGUUACUUCUAUGACAAUUGACUCAGAUUAGACGUUAACUGAUUAUUAAACGCAGGCUGUAUCAUGCUGCGGGCUAUUUCAAGGAGUCACACUCCUGUCAUCCGUCUUCUCGCUCCUCAAAGCGAAGUUCUGGUUCAAACCGUUCGAGGUAGAAAGUCUCGCACAGACCCGAAAGCAAAGUCAAAAAUCGGACGGAUCAAGACUCCCCCUCCCGUGGACCCAGUGGAAAUGGUUGUACUGAAGGAGCGUUUCACAGAGUACAAUCUGAUCACGAGAGCCCUGCGAUUGGAGUUCAAAGAGGAGAUGUUAAGGAAGAGAUUUGAGGAAGAGGUUGGGUCUUUAGCAGAAGAGAGAGCCAAACAGGAGGCUGAAGAGCAUCGCUCACUCAUGGCCUGGAAUGAUGCUGAAAACCUUAGACUGAGAAAAAUACGAGAGCAGCGAAUGCAGAGGGAGACUGAGGCUAAAGAACAGAGACAGAGAGAAGCAGCUGUCUUACGUCAACAAGAGCUGGAGAACUACAUUAAAGAGAAAGAGAGAGAAAUUUUACAACUACAGGAAGAGGCAAAGAACUUCAUCACAUUGGACAAUCUAGAUCAGCGGAUUGAAGAGGCUCUAGACAACCCGAAAAACUACAAUUUUGCUAUUGAUAAAGAAGGACGUGUCGUCAAACGUACUGCUUUUCAGUGAUAGAAACAAAAUUCUUAUGUACAUAAAAUGUAUACUGUUAUGGUUAAAAAGGUUUGUGGUGAAAUAAGUAAAACAAAUGUUUUCCUAAAA